AAAGGCGCAUGCAGGUGAUCGGCGUCUAUUUUUAGCCGACCGCGUGGCCCAGGCCUGAGGCAGCCUUCGCUCAUCAUCUUCGACCUCGUUUAUUUGGCUUCCUUCCUCCACCCCGCCUGUGGUUCUUUUCGUGCUGGCUUUAUAACCAGUCCAAUGGCAUCUACUUGUCUGCGCCCAUCCCUGGAUUAAACUCGUCUCCCAGCCAAAAUGCUUGAUGAAGCCCUCCCGACAUUCUUCCUCAAAUCCACCCGCCAAUCUCACCUUAAGUCCAUUUACUUCUGUCAACAUGGCAAUGACCCCUCCCCCGCCUACUCUCUCCGCCACGCCGACCCUUCCACCCCCGACGGCAAGAACCGCUACGCCGCCGCCCUUGUUGACCCUUACGUCCCCGACAUCAUCUACGGCGAGGUCCUAAUCAUCCCCGAAUGGACGCAACCUAGCCUCUCCGCCGACGCCAUUCGCGCAAACGGCGGCGUCACUCCCCCGCCGGAACCCCUCCUCCCCACCCACUUCACCAUCCACCUCUACAACCCCGACCAGCAGGUGACCGUCGAAUUCAAGCCCAAGAGCUGGAACAGCCCGGCGACAUGGACCUUCGAGAUGCCGCAGCAUACCUUCCGGCAGCCAUCCAGCUCGAGUCUCGAUCGCACGCAGACCGAUCCCGCUGCUGCCGACACCACGCCGAAGCUUCGCUUCAACUGGCGCCGCGAUAGCAAACUGUCCAAGGAUCUGACGUGUUACCUAUCCGGCAAGACGACGUCCAUGACGGAGAACAAGAAUAAGGCGAAGAGUAAAGAGCCGGAUAUUAUCAUGUCGAUCUUCAAGGGACUGCGGGAAAUGACGCUUUACGAACCGAACAUGUACCGGGUCGAGAUGGAGGAUUUCAAGGGCCUCGAGGUCGUGCUGCUGUUGGGUGCCGUGGCUAUUCGGGACGUGUACUUCUCCAGCAUGAAGGAUAGCUUUAACCUCUCGAAACAGGCAGCCUCGACGGCUGCACCGCCCGUAUCUACCUCUAUCCCUACCUCUGGCCCUUCCGCUGCCACUUCUGCCGCUGCUGCUGUCAACGGCAACCACCGACUUAGUCUUCCUCCGAUCAACACAACAUCACACCAGAAUCAGAACAUCCCAGUCGCUUCCGGGGGUUUGAACGCCGUGCCAACCCAAUCCCCACCCCAACCCUCCAAACCCACCUCCUCCAGCACGAAAACCAAACCCUCCAACCAACAACGCAAAGAAGAAGAACGCCGCACGCAAAAACUCCUCGAAGACGAAGAAAAAGCGCGCCGCAAACGCCAAGCCGAAAUCGACCAAGAAACCCGCCGUCUGCAGCGUCUCUAUGGCGAAGAAGAACAUCGCGCUCGCACCCACACGCCCUCGCUUCCGCCUCGCGCGUCCGGCGCUCGACCUCAGCAGCCCUCUAGCUCGAGACCGCACGCUCCGCCGCAGCCGAGACCCAUGCAGCCUAAUGGGCGCGGGGCCCCGGCGCAGCGCUACUACCACUAUCAUCAUCAUUCGCCGUCGACGCCUCAUAUCCCGUCGGGGCCGUAUUUGUCGCCCCCUAGUGGUCGGAGACCAGAUCCGAGACAGCAGUCGACGGUGACGUUUGCGACGCCGGAUGGGCCAGUGGGCACGACCACGGGGGUGCGGCCGACGGUGCAGCCGAAGAAGAGCAGUUUCUUUGGAUUCCGGAAGUCGGGGGAUGAGAGGGAGAGGGAGAAGUUGAGUAAGAAGCGGAGUUCGAUGUUUUAGUUUUGGUGUAGAUUGGGGUGUUUUUUUGAUUGGGAUGGUUGAUCCUGUUUUUUGGUGUAUGAAGUUAUGAUACCCCUGCUUGUUGGCGUCGCGUUCACUCUUUGAAUAUCUGCAUUUCUUUUGUUUUCGUCGAUCUUUUCUAGCAUGUCUCUGUAUGCAUGCAUGCAUCUACAUAAAAGCUAUUCUGCAAUUGAUACCUCACGUCGUCAACGUACACGAACCGGCCAAACAAAAAGAAUACCAAUAUGAAUAUCCAGUUACCCACGCAUCUAAACACUCACACCAUGGAUCUACAACGGCCUCCCCUCUACCCCCUCCGUCGUAAUCGUCACCGGCUUAAUAUUCCCCUGUUCAUCGAACUCCAUGCGAUCGAUGCAUGUGACCCGAUGAUCGCGGGCUGUGUCAUUCACAUACCGCCGAUGGUACACGAUGUAGUAGUCCUUGCCGUCGGGCGUGAACACACUGUUAUGGCCCGUGCUGGUCCCGACCUUGUCGUUUCCUUCGAGGAUCUUGGUCGGUGUCGAUGAGAAUGGGCCGGUGGGUGAGGGUCCUGUUACGUAGCUGACGCCGUAGGAGUUGUCGCCCCAUCUGGUUUGAUUUAGAGUUAGUAUUAGUUCUUUGGUUGGCCAUAGGGAGAGACCGGGGGUAAGGGAUACACAACAAGGGAGGAAGUAUGAAACCAGAGAAAGAGAAAGGCAAACUCACCCGCCCACACUAUACAUAAAAUAAUAAACCCCAUUCCUCUUCAACACCCACGGUCCCUCAACAUAAUCCUUCGGAGUGAUCUCCAAAUACUCGCCCUUCAGCGUGACCAUAUCCUGCUCCAACUCGACCACCACCGCAUGAGUCCACCCCCCGAAAUACAACCACACCCUACCUUCCCCUUCGCCAUCCUCAUCCUCGUCCGCAUUCCCAUCGGCAUCAUCCCUAAAAACCUGCGCAUCAAUCGGCUGCGCCCCCAGAACCGUCGGCCCAGGAACCAACGGCCUCCCAAGAACAUCCUCAAACGGACCCUCCGGCCUGCCACUCACGGACUUCGCAACCCCAAUCCCGGCACCAUCCCCCGCGCUGAAAUACAUAAAGUAAUCACCCCCCGAGGACCGCUCCACGGACGGGGCCCAGGCGGCGCGGUUCGUGGACCAUGGGAUCUCGGUGAAGUUGAGGAUAUGGGGGUGUUUGGUCCAAGUGAGGAGGUCGGGGGAGGAGAAGGCGUCGAAGAAGGUUUGGGUCUCGUAGGCGGCGGAGUAAGUUGGGUAGAUCCAGUAGGUGUGCGAGAAGAUGCGGGCUUCGGGGUCGGCGUACCAGCCGGGGAAGAUGGGGUUGCCGGUGAGGGUUUCGUUCGCGUUAUUGUUGGGGUUGGGGGAGAAGAGGGUGGUUUGGCGGGAGAGGGUUGUUGGGAGGGAGGAGAGAAGGAGGGUUGUUAGGAUGGAGGAGUGCAUUGUGAGGUUGGGGUUGAUUGAUGGGUUAGAGGAUAGAGUGAGGGAGAGAGAAAGAGAGAGAGGUGGAU